CUAAUCUUUUGCAGCUUUUCCCUACCUAUCCCAUCACUCACUUGCAUACACUUCAACUAUCUGGAUCCAGCGAAAAGCUGUGGUUAGGGGAGCUCUACAGAAACAACGGCUUCGGUGGAGAGACAGCAGAGGAGAAAAGAAGGAAGGGAUCAAAGAUCCGUAGACCACAAGACCGUUCACUCUUUCAACCCCACGAAUGACCAGAUGACAAGAUGCCCUCAUCUCAACAUACCUCCCAUGGUACCGUACCGGCGUAUGACGCAUCUCAAGCUCAGGCAACGGAGAUGAGUGUGAUUUUGUGUACUGCAGGGUAUGAUCAUUCGAUACGAUUUUGGGAAGCUUGGUCUGGGAUAUGUUAUCGUCAAAUACCUUUACAACCUCAAUGGAAACAAGUCAAUAGACUCGCUAUAUCCCCCGACAAGAGUCAUUUAGCGGCUGCGGGUAAUGCAUCUGUCAGAAUAUGGGAUAUACCAUCUAUGAACAAUACUCCUAUCGCAAGUCUGGAAGGACAUACAGGCAACGUGACUGCUUUGGCUUAUAAUCAACUUGGAAAAUGGAUCGUAACUGGGUCAGAGGAUGGGACUGUCAAAGUUUGGGAUACGAGAACAUCUGGCGUGCAGAGAAACUACGAUCAUGAUCAUCCCGUCAAUGAUGUGGUCAUACAUCCUAAUCAAGGGGAAUUGAUUUCGUGCGACCAAACGGGUAGCGUGAAGAUUUGGGAUUUGGGGGAGAAUACAUGUACACAUGAGCUGGUACCAGACGAAGACGUAGCUAUAAGGAGUGUGACAAUAGCAUCAGAUGGUGGUACCCUCGUUGCAGGUAACGACCUCGGCAUGUGUUACGUCUGGCAGAUCAACCCUUCUCCAGAAGCUCAAACUUUGACACCAGUGACGAGUUUUCAAGCUCAUCCGAAAUACAUAACCAGAUGUUUAUUAUCGCCUGAUACUCGACACCUCGCAACUUGUUCAGCCGACUCGAGUGUCAAAAUCUGGUCCACGGCAAAUUUCGAAUAUACACAUGAAAAGACAUUGGCUGGACAUCAAAGAUGGGUUUGGGAUGCUGCUUUCAGCGCUGAUUCAGCUUAUCUUGUCACAACCUCAAGCGAUCAUUCCGCCCGACUAUGGGAUCUCGCAUCAGGCGAGACUGUACGUCAAUACGAAGGUCAUCAUCGUGCCGCCGUCGCAUGCGCAUUGAACGAUAUCAACCUCGCUUGAACCCCUCUGUCAUCUUCUCACCCCCUCUCUAGUCAUCUACGCUAGGCUAGACUAGGCUUAUAACUGAAACCAAGAAAUCGCGAUGAAAACAGACCAUGCAUUACGACUAUACCA